AUGAACAGUCAAUCAGAGGGACUGUCUCAGGCUAGCAAUGAAAGUGUGCAGCCACGUGGCAGUAAAUUCGGUGGAUACUUUUCCAAGUUGAAGCAAGCAAUCAUUCGUCUGACCGAAUCACAACCGUCGGAGAAUACUGCACCACCGGCAGCAACAGCACCAACAGCAGCAGCAACAACAACAACCAGUGCCAAUCAAAAUGAUAGGGAGGGUGUCUAUAUUCAAUCCGAUCAAAUUGAUAUAGCCGAACCAUUACCUACAAAUUUCGGCAUACCUGAGAAGAGGAAACGUCUCUCAAUACAAGGGCAUCCCACUGAUGAGUCUAUUCCUCGUUCAUUGACUCGGGGUGUGGUAAAUCCAAGACACACUUCAUAUCUGAACAUAUACAAUGAAAUCAAGACCAAUGAAGAAGAAUCGCACAAUGAUCUUGAAAGAAGAAAAUCGGUUAUUGAUUCGUUCAUUCUACCAUCAAAAGAUAAUAGUAUAUUAACAAGUCGUGAAGACUCGCCAGCUUUGAAUAUCCCCUUUCCUAAAAACACAAUUGGAGUUGACCUGUUGAUAGAGGUGGAAGAUGAAGAGCGGUCGGAAGAGGAGGAGUACGAACAGUUGGAGAUUGUUCAAAUUGAUCCUGCUGAAAGAAGCAGAAUUGUACGACUAAAACGGUCAAUACAGGAAAUAGAACUGAUGCGGAAGAAGAUAAGGUACAUGAAGAGUCCCAAUGAAACAACUACGAUAUCGCAUGGUGAUUCAACAAUGGUGGAUACUAGUACACAAACAUACAAUACUGAUUAUUUGAACUCGGUACUAAAUUUCAAGAAAAGAUCUAGCUCCUCAACUUUGGAAAACAAUCGCAACAAAAGAAGGAAGAAGGGAUUCUUUUUGAAAGACCUUGUAUAUGAUGUGAAGAAACCAGUCGAUGUUGUCACUAGUACUAACCUCAAGGGAUAUGCCAGUGAGCUUGGGAAGCCAAAAUUCAAAGCAAGUGAUGAUGAUGGUACUAAGAAAUUGAACUCAAGAUCAACCGUAAAUGGCUCUGCAUUGGGUCAAAAGUUGUCUUUAUCAUUAGACUCUGAUUACGUUGCCAAAACUCAAUCCGUAUCGGAUAUCAUAAAAUUGAAAGAGGAUUCAUUAAAAACACCGUCUGGUGUUAAGAACGGCGCUAUUGCACCAUCUAGUGGAUUCCAGUUUAAUAUAGAUGAUAAAAGGUUGCGUGAUAUUGUGGGAUCACAAAGGGAGAAGACAGAAGGAGGAACAACCACCGCAACAAAGAAACAGAAGGCUUUUAUUUGUGAAACAGAGGCCAAGCCUAGUGAAAAAGCUUCAACACCAUUAUUCUCGUUCAAGCCAACUAUUAAAGACAAUGUAGAAGAAUCGAAAGACGAUACAUCAAAAUCUACUAGCGUCGAGUUUGGUAAGAAGAAAGAGGAAGUUACCAAGCCAUCAGUCAUCUUUGGUCAAGGCUCCUCCAAUUCGUUUGUUUUGCCAAACGAAUCUAUAUCCAACCACGAAAAAAGUCCAUCUCCAUUUACAUUUGGGGGUGCAUCAACGACAGGAGCUAACGAUGAAAUCAAGAAACCAGACAUUACAGCAAGUCAAUCGAAAGACGGAGAAGGUUCGCAAUCAGGUCUUUUUAAGUUUGAACCAUCAAAAAAUACACCAGUAAGUGGAUUUGGAUCGAAGCCCAGUGGUAGGCUCUUUGGCCAGCCAAGCGAAAACAAGGAGAAGUAUAAUGAUACAGGAAUCAAAGCCAAUGGAUCUGCUAGUGGACCAACCGUCAAUGCAUUUUCAUCUAUUUCCCAACCUGAGCCAGGGUCAGACAAAAGCAAAGAAGAUAAAGGUUCCCAGCCGAAUGAAGCCGGUUCAGAAGGAGGUGAUAUGAAGCGAAAAAGAACUGCACCAAGCGACAAAUCCAACACAAAUGACGCAGAACCACCAAUGUCUAAAUCUUCACCUCCUGCUUUUGCCUUUAAUGCUAUUGCUUCAGGUGAAGGCGAUUCUCAAAAAGCAUCAAGUGCACCAGCAGCUGUUUCCAAACAACCUGCUUUUUCAUUCGGAUUCAAUCCUUCUUCAUCAGCAACUGAUGAUAAAGACAAGGCUAAAUCUACAACGCCAGGUUUUGUAUUCGGUAAGGGUGACUCAACUGACAAUGAAGAUAAAGUAAAGGCUGCUUCAGCUGUUCCAACUUUCAGCUUCGGUAAACCAGCUGAUUCCACUACAGAUAAUGAUAAAGGGAAAUCUGUAUCGCCUGCUUUCAGCUUUGGCAAACCAGCAGGUACCACUACCGAUGACGAUAAAUCUAAACCUGUUGCUCCUGCUUUUGGCUUUGGUAAAUCAGAUAAUAAAGCCAAGUCUGCCUCACCGGCAUUUUUAUUCGGCAAAACCGAUGAUCAAGAUAAGCCCAAGCCUGCCUCACAAACAUUUUCAUUUGAUGAGCCUGCGGAAAAAUCUAAAUCUGCAGCCCCGGUAUUCUCAUUUGGAAAGACUGAUUCAUUAGAUGACAAAGGUAAAUCACCAUCACCAGCUUUUACAUUUGGGCAAAAGAAGGACGAAUCGAAUGAUAAGGCUUCAGGUAAGACGUCUACUUCAACACCGACACCAACAUCAACAUCAGGUGGCUCAACUUCAGCUUUUUCAUUUGGUAAUGCAGGAACAAGUGGAACUGCUGCAGGUUCCAAAGACAAACAACAAUCAACAGCAACGACAAGUGGAUUCAAAUUUGCGCCAGGAGUUACACCACCUCCUACCACUGCACCUGCAACAUCAGCAUCAACGGCCACAUCUUUGUUUGGAGCAAGCACGGGUGGUUCUAAUAUUGCUGCGCCAAAGCCAUUUAGCGCAACUGGUUUUGGUGGAUUUGGAUCACAGUCACAGUCACAGCCAUCUGCAACAGCUACGUCUACAGCACCCGUAUUUGGCAGUCGACCAAGUACACCAACAUUUAAUUUCAGUGAAGCAGCGGGACAAACACAAGGACAAGGACAAGGUAAUGGUCUACCACCACCAUCACUGAUUUUUGGUUCUGCAACGAAGUUGAAUAAAGUACCACUGUUCAAUUUUACUGGGUCUAAAAGUGGAACGCCCGACCCAGCAAGUGUGUUUGGACAACAUAGCCAAGCACAACAAACAAGUAGAGAGAGUACACCCUUUGGUGGUGGUGGUAGUGCUGUGCCUUCAUUUGGAUUUGGUCAGCCACAACAACAAGGACAGCCACAGGCACAACAGCCGUUUACAUUUGGAGGUAGUCCCGCACCAGGACAACCACAAGUACAACAACCACAAGUGCAAGUGCCUUCUUUUGGAUUCAAUGCUGGAGGUGCUGUACAAGGUGUAUCCGGUGGUCCGACAAUGAUGGGAAGUGGGUUUGCACCGAAUGGACAAUCAAUGCCUGCUACUGCCACUACCCCACAAGCUAAUCCUAGACGACCAAGACUUCUCCCAAGGUCUAGAAGGAGGUAA